GCCCUCAACUUACCAAGCGUAAAUUUUGUUUGACUUGAAAGAAGUGGUUGAACGGCGGUCAAACCCAAACCGAACUGCUGCGCGAGCAUAAAGCUUUAUUGGGCAUGCUGCAUUUCAACGUGGCGGACAAAUUCAUCUCCACAGACGUGGGGAGUGGAAGAGAGGCGGGCAAAUCCCCAAUUCUAUAGGACGAAGAAACCCAAAGCAAUACAAGUGAGCCCUGAAACACACAAGGGUUCAACACUUCCCGAUUACCUCUUUAUCUUCAUUGAAUGGGUAGAUGGCGUGCUGCUGCUAUCCUCUUCAAUCGCACAAUCUUCACAACGACAGCUUCCAAUGGAUCUCCCUCUGUUUGCUUGCCCCAACCCCUCCAUAUCUCACCUACUCUCCAUCGUAUUUUCAUUUUCAGAUCGUUUUCUGCUGUCCCAAAUCGUGUACCGGUUUAUAACAGCGAUCCUGAUUAUGGGUCUAAUGAUUUCUAUCUUGACAACUAUGGGUUGUGUCGGGUGCCCAAACAAGAAGAGGAGACAGGGAAGAUCCCCGUCAAGGCUUACUUUCUUUCUACGAGUAUCAAUUUGAAGAGUAUGCAAGCUGAGAAUCUAGCCAAUGUUGUUCCUCCUACCUCCCGCUCAGCAAAUUAUGUUGCACUGAGAUAUUACAAUAUUUCUUCAGGAAUCUCUGCUCUUGGAGUCAAAGAAUACGUGAGCAACCAUCAGUACAUGGUCGUAUUUCAAUAUGGGUCUGCUGUUCUGUUUAAUAUUGAUGAUGAUGAAGUUGAAUCUUAUCUGGACAUGGUCAGAAGACAUGCUUUUGGGUUGCUUCCAGAGAUGAGGAAAGAUGAUUAUGCAAUAAAAGAGAAACCGUUGCUGGUUGAGGACAUGCAAGGGGGCCCAGACUACAUAGUUCUCAGAGCUUUGGAUAUUGACGGUAUACGCAUCAUUGGAAGUGUGCUUGGCCAAAGCAUUGCUUUGGACUACUUUGUCUCACAGGUUGAUGGUAUGGUUGAAGAGUUUGCUGCUAUAAAUCGCGCAAUGGAGAAAAGUGGUACGUUUGCAAUGGAUCGGAAGAAGCUCCUUCAACUUGUUGGGAAGGCUAAUUCAAAUCUAGCUGAUGUGAUCCUCAAAGUUGGACUUUUUGAGAGAUCAGAAAUUGCCUGGAGGGAAGCGAAAUAUGCUCAAAUAUAUGAGUAUCUUCGUGAGGAGUUUGAGGUGAACCAACGGUUUGGGAAUCUGGAUAUCAAACUGAAGUUUGUGGAGCACAACAUUCGUUUAUUUCAUGAAGUUAUUCAAAACAGACGAUCAGAUCUUCUGGAAUGGUGCAUCAUUUUCCUUUUGACAGUUGAGAAUGUCAUAUCAUUAUACGAGAUCAUCCGAGAAUCGGGUGCAGUUACUUUUUGAGUUAGGCCAUUAACGAGGGAAGUUAGGAACAACAAUUGACAAGAUUCAAUUACACAGAGCAAACUUAUCAUACUGGUGUAAUAUAAUAAAGCAUCAUGUUCUACAUAGGGAACCAUUGUUCCCUGAUUCAUUAAUUUUUGAAGCAUUUUUAUUUACAGGUGAUGAGGAUGACUUAUCGUGCCUUAAUGAUAUGUCUAUGGCUACAAUUUGAAUGGUUGACCAUGUGAUGUAUUUAGUUUCAAUGUAGUGGAAUUGUAAUAGGAAUUCUAUUACGCAUAAUCAUAAGAAAAAGUUUUGACAGGUA